AAUUAAUUUCCAAGAUGGCGGAUCCUCAGCUAGAUCAAGACCUUAAAAAGGCUUUUCAAGAUUUGCAAACUUUGAUGUUGGAAUCGACUCAGAAAAUGAAGAUAUCGGAAAUGCAGAUUGAACAGUUAAAAGGGACAAUUAAACGGGAAAAGUUGACUCAAGAGGAAAUAAAUGGCCUAGAGCCGGAGACAAAGACCUACGAAUCCAUUGGAAGGAUGUUCUUGCAACAGCCGAUGGAUAUUAUCCUAGGGAAUAUAGAAGAGAAAAUACGGGCAGCAGAAGUCAAAGUUAAAACAAUUGAGGGCAACAAGAAGCACUUGGAGGGCAAGAUACAAGAACACCAGAAUAACAUAAGAGAAAUGGUGGCCACGAGACAUAAAUAAACACAAUUCCAUCAUAAGAUUGUAUAGUGCCAGCUUUUCGGCGGAUUAAAGCGUAUAAUUAGAAAUUUCGUUUGGCAAGACGAGAGCAGUUUUCGCACUAUUUAUUAAAGUAAACCAAGAUAAA